AUGAACAUCAGGGUGAAGAACCACGUUCAGUCGUCGGAAAAACCAAGCAGAAAGCGGCGGACUCAACGCAAAAAUGUACCAAAACUCGCGAGAGUUGCGAGGGAAGAAGCUAGACCAACUGCUCCUGCAACACAACAGAAUUCUACAAUUAAGUUUAUACAGGGCGGUUGCGACCCGUCGUCGUGCGGUGAAGAGGCGGCAUGCGUCCAGUACAACAGUACUCUCCAUUAUUGCGUAUGCACGUCGAACGCUGAACCGGCCAAGGAGGAUUUCAAGUGUCCUCGGAGCAUCGUUCCUCUGAGCCCGAUAGCAAUCCAUAACAUCAUUCCUCCUCUGACAUCAAACGCUUCAACGGAAGGAAGAUAUUUACCUCAACCACCAACUGCACAAGUACCAAAAUCUUUGGUUAGCAGUGAAAGUUUCUCUGAGCCGCCAGCAGGUGACGCAUCUAUGAUUAAACCAGGCUCCAUUGUUGGCACCAGUGAACAUAUACUAAUUGGAACGAUGGUCGGCGGAACCCUACUCUUAUUUAUAGUGGCCUCGGUGAUGUUCCUUUACCUAAGAAGGCGCAUUUGCCCCGUCGACAGGAAAGUACAACCGCGUAUGCGACCGGGAGAACCACUGCUAGCUGAACGGUAUAUAACGAACCCCCAGUACGGAGUGUGCGGCGGGGGCUCGGUGGCAGGGCCGGUGCCGGGCACGCCUGGACCUCGCCACGCGGCCGACGACAACGAGCCUCAAGUGCCGCUGCUGGAUCGUAAAGCGUUGACCUUCCUCGAGGAGGUCGGAGAGGGGUGCUUCGGGAAAGUUCACAAAGGAGUUCUGAGGACGAACAACGGAGAGCAAGUCGUGGCUAUUAAAGUGUUGAAAGAAAGCACUGGUAGGUGCGCUGAAGAGGACUUUGUAAGAGAGGUGUCCAUAAUGUCGGCGUUCAGGCAUCCCAAUAUUUUGACACUGGUUGGAGUUGUAUAUAGAGAUGAUAUAAGUGCAAGCCCGUGGAUGGUUUUUGAAUAUAUGGAAUGGGGAGAUUUAGCUGGUGUUUUGCGUGGUUCAAGAGGUGGUGGAAGAGCGGGACCGACAUUAGAUAAGCCAGCCCUACUGCAUGUAGCUUUGCAAGUAGCACUGGGUAUGCAAUAUCUUGCCGCCCGUCGUUUCGUCCACAGAGACCUCGCCGCCCGCAAUUGCUUGGUUGGCGCCCACCUUGCCGUCAAAAUUGCAGAUUUCGGCAUGUCCCGUGACGUCUACACGUGCGAUUACUACAAAAUGGGAGGGGAGAGGCCUAUGCCAGUGAGAUGGAUGUCGCCGGAAAGCAUAGUGUAUGCUCGUUUCACUCAUGAGUCCGAUGUUUGGUCUUACGGCGUCGUGCUUUGGGAGAUAUACAGUCGCGGAAAACAGCCGUUCUAUGGCCACAAUAAUGACGAGGCGACAAAAUUGAUUCUGAACGGCAUAGUACUGGUUCCACCGGAGGACUGUCCCAUUUUCGCUUGCGAGCUCAUGCGCGCCUGUUGGGAAGAGGAUCCGCGUAACAGGAUCGGAUUCGACGAAAUAUGUAGAAAGCUGAAGGCGGCGGCGGAGGCGGGUGGGGCUACGACUCAAAUGCGCCUGCCGCGGCCUCCUGCGCCACCGCAAGACUCUCUCGGUUAUCUCAUACCGGCAAGAAAUCCCCCAGUCGACUAUUUGAAGCCGCUACCCGAUCCUGAUCCGGAGUCCGACUUUAGCGAGGACGAGGAUGACGAAGAGUAUACU